CUGCUUCACGAGCAGAGGACAUCUGCCUGCCGGAGCAGAAGGAGCAGAGCCUGGUCAGUGCAAGAGGGUCUGGGUGGGAUCCUGCAGCAGAUCAGCACCGGAGGAAGAGCUGUGCAGCAGGAGAAAGGCUUGCAGCAAAGCCAUCGCAGCUUGCUCCACAAUCAGAGGUGAGCGUUGGCACUUCGUGAACGGCUGCAGAGAAAGGAGAGCGGGGUGGGAGGUGAGAGGAUGAAACAAAUGCUGUGCUGUCAGCAGGGGAUUUAGAAAGGAGGCAGAGUUCCCAGUGCUUUUGUCCGUGCUGGGUCGCUCGGCUGGGUGUGAGAGCUGGGAGGGCUGCAGUUGGUGCUACGGAGCUGCCAGCAGGGCUUUGGAUGCCGAUGGAGGCUUGAACAGCUGUGAAAUCCCUCAAUGGACUGGAGCAAUGGAGCAACCCAUGGAUGGCUUUUAUUCCUCCAUGGAAGGAGGCGGGCAGGACUCGAUCAAUGGCAGCGGCAGUAGGAAGAGCAGGGUGGAGGGAGAGACCCCCACGUUGUCCUCCCACGGCGUAGCAGCUGCUUUACUGUUCCUUCUCAUCCUCCUCACGCUCCUGGGCAACACCCUGGUGUGUGUGGCUGUCAUCAGGUUCAGACACCUACGCUCCAAGGUCACCAACUUCUUUGUCAUCUCCUUGGCUGUGUCCGACCUCCUGCUGGCCGUGCUGGUGAUGCCUUGGAGGGCUGCUGCUGAGGCGGUGGGGUUUUGGCCCUUUGGGGCUUUCUGCGACAUCUGGGUGGCUUUUGACAUCAUGUGCUCCACCGCCUCUAUCCUCAAUUUGUGCAUCAUCAGCGUGGACCGCUACUGGGCCAUCUCCAACCCCUUCUGCUACGAGAGGAGGAUGACACCACGUGUGGCUUCUGCCAUGGUUGGGGUGGCGUGGCUGCUGUCCCUCCUCAUUUCCUUCAUCCCCGUGCAGCUGAGGUGGCACAAGGACCAAGAGCUCAACCAGCGGGAGGACGUCGCCCGGGAGAGCUGUGAUUCUCACCUCAACAGGACUUACGCCAUCUCGUCUUCCCUCAUCAGCUUCUACAUCCCUGUUGCCAUCAUGAUCGUGACCUACAGCUGCAUCUUCCGCAUUGCCCAGCGGCAGAUCCGCAGGGUCUCCUUGGAAAGCACAUUGGAACGCACCCAGAGCUGCCGCAGCAGCACGCGCCCUCACACAGCCAACCUGAAGAGCUCCUUCAAGAAGGAGACCAAGGUCCUCAAGACCCUCUCCAUCAUCGUGGGCAUCUUUGUCUUCUGCUGGCUGCCUUUCUUUGUGCUCAACUGCGUGGUGCCCUUUUGUGAUCCCGCCCGGCACAAACCAGGAGAGCUGCCUUGCGUCAGCGAGGCCGUUUUCAACACCUUUGUUUGGGUCGGGUGGGCCAACUCUUCCCUCAAUCCCAUCAUCUACGCCUUCAAUGCGGACUUCCGGAGGGCUUUCGUCACCAUCUUGGGCUGUGAAUACCUUUGCCCCAACAACGUGGUGGAGACGGUCAACUUCAGCAACGACUUGGUCUCCUACCACCACGACACCUCGUGUCCAAAGGACGUGGUGACCCUCAGCCACCCCCACGCCGUUCUGCAGAUGGAGAACAACGAGGCGUCCUCUGAGAAGCUUUCCCAGCUCUCCUCCCGCAGCAGCUGCCCUGCAGUGGAGUACAAAGCAGCCGUCUCAUGGGAGAAGACGGCACCGCUCACCAGCAGUGCAUGGAACUGAGAUGGGUGGGAGCAGCGCGCGGGGAUGGAGGUGGAUGGAUGCACGCAGGGACUGCUACAGCUGCCUGAUUUCUGAGGCCUUUGAGGGUAACGUGGACAAUUCUCUCUGGCUGGGCAGGAGUUUGCAUCACUGAGUGUGGAGUGAUGUAUUUAUUUUCAGAUGGCUCAAAGGAUUCAGAUGGUCUUGUUCUUUUUCUUGUAACCUACAGCUUCAGACCCAGCCCAGGCGUGCAGUAGGAAUCUGUGUGGCUGCCCUCUCUUUGACCCAUAGGAAAAGACUUUGUGCAAGAGAUAAAAAACACAACUGGGCUCCAAUUCCUCUUCCCUUUUGUCUGCAGGGAGAUGAGGCUUUGUGCAGGCUGCCCUGCAGGCUGUGAUAUGCACACAGAGCCCCCAGGGCUGUGCUGGGCUGCAGCUUGUCCAGAGCACGCUGCGGGGUGCUCACCGGUGAGGAAUUGGGUGUGCUAUAGGAUGAAUGUGUUCCAACCCCAUGAUGCUGAACCAUUUGCUCAGAGCCUUUGGGAACGAUCCCUUCAGGCUCCAGGAGGACAAAGCCAGGUUUCAGAGCACGGAUAUUGCUGUUCUGGUCUUGCUGCUUGUGCCGCAAACCGUGUCCCGCUCCUUUUUGCCACCUGUUUCUUUCCCCUUUUACUCCUUUCUCUCAUCUCUAACUCAUUAAGGCUCCCUCCAGCCCUGUUUCAUUUCAAUAAUCAUGACUUCUAAAGCAGC